AAUCAGUACUUUUGACCGUUUGACCGAGGUUUGGCUGUGUGAUACUGGUGGAGGGCCCACUUGACAGAACUCCUAGAUUCCACAUGUAGACAUUUCUUUGCUACUAGGGAAUACUGCCCUCUGUCUUCCGGCCAAAUAAUGACAGGCUGCUUGAGAAGUUGCAAUGUCUCAGUGCACCGAGACCAGACAUCUGUUUCGUCGUAUCAAAGAAAGGCUCUGAGAACAUCCAUGGUGCUGGUGUAAAGGGGAGUAUAGCGAGGAGAGAGGGGGGAGCAGGAAUAGGGUGAUGGCCAUGUCACACCAGAGCACCUGGUCUGGAGGAAGUAGUCGAGGCUCCACUAUAGGCUGGGAAAGAAUCCUGUUUACAUCCAAGGGACCUUGUGAUAGUGGAGGAAACGAUAACAAGACAAUCACAAAAGCAGAACCUCUUCCCAGGCUCAUCUUCUCAUUCCAUCCUCUCCUGAGCUGCUCUGCCCGUCUCCAGGUUUUGGGUCCCCCUUCUCUCCGUGACAGUACCAGACCCAGCUGAACCCAGGACCGUGCGGUCGACUCAUGACCCAGACAGUGGUGCUGAUCACAGGCUGUUCCUCAGGGAUAGGCCUCAGCCUUGCUGUGCGACUGGCCUCCGAUGCUAGCAAGACCUACAAAGUCUACGCCACCAUGAGGAACCUGUCCAAGAAGGAGCGUCUGCUGGAGUGUGUGAAGGGUCUGCACAAGGACACCCUGGAUGUGCUGCAGAUGGACGUGACAGACAAACAGUCCAUCCUGUCUGCCAGGGACCGGGUCAGGGAGAAGAGGAUCGACAUACUGGUUUGUAACGCUGGAGUGGGUCUCAUGGGGCCUGUGGAGGUGCAGUCUCUGGACACCAUGAGGCAGAUCCUGGAGGUGAACCUGCUGGGCACCAUCAGCACCAUCCAGGCCUUCCUGCCAGGGAUGAAGGCCCAGAGCCAGGGACGCAUCCUGGUCACAGGCAGCAUCGGAGGCCUGCAGGGACUGCCCUUUAAUGAGGUUUACUGCGCAAGCAAGUUUGCUGUAGAGGGUAUGUGUGAGAGUCUGGCCAUUCUGCUGCAGCACUUCAACAUCCAUGUGAGCCUUAUUGAGUGUGGCCCCGUCAACACGGACUUCCUGAGCAACCUGCAGAUGGCGGAGCCAGGCGACUCUGCCCUUCAGCAGGUGGACAGCCACACGCGGAGCCUCUAUGACACCUACCUGCAGCACUGUGGGGCCGUGUUCCAGAACGCAGCGCAGGACACUGAGGACAUAGUCAAGAUCUUCAUGGAUGCAAUACAGUCAGACAGCCCUGCCUUCAGAUACUACACCAACAGUGCCCUCCUACCCCUGACCAGCCUCAAGGUCACUGCCCCAGAUGGGUCCCAGUACAUCAGAGAAAUGAGCCAGCACAUCUUCUCAGCUGGCAGCACAGAGGAACCAUGAUGGGCUUUUAACUGGACAGCAACUUUAGAGAGACGAAGGGAGGGGGUGGGAUAUCUUGGUUCGAAAUCCUUUUUAACUAAAGCCAAAAUCGCUAGUUUUGCUUAAUGUACCAAUCCUGCCUUUAAUUCAUAUGUAAUCAUCUUAAUUGAGGUAUGUUAAAGGGCCUAUGUUAACGUUUAUGACGUACAAUGCCUACUACAAUGUAAGU